AUGUUUCCUCCUCAGCAGGGCAUCUCGCUCGACAUUGAAGCUCUGUCGGGCAUCUGCGGCUCCAUCUCCAUCGCAUGCUGGGUCGUGGUGUUUUCUCCCCAGAUCAUUGAGAACUUCCGCCGCGGUUCUACCGAAGGACUGUCGGUAGUCUUCAUUGUUAUCUGGCUCGCUGGAGAUGUCUUUAAUAUCCUCGGCGCCAUUCUGCAGGGGGUACUACCCACCAUGAUUAUUCUCGCCAUCUACUACACUCUCGCCGAUAUUGUUCUUCUAGGCCAAGUCUUCUACUAUCGUGGCUUUACCUUGACUGACCACGUCGCCAAUGAUGACCACCGCCAUGAUCGACACACCAACGGUGACGCGGGCGAGACUCGACCUUUAUUACACAGCGGCUCCCAGACCCAACCUCCCUCGCGCGAUGAGCAUGAUCGUUCUCGAUCUACCACUUCACAGCUCCAGAGACAUCUAUCCGUCGACGGCACCCACUUGUCCCCUGUCACUCCCUUGCAUGACCCUGUUAAGCCUGACGAUUCCCCAAGCAUCAGGAACGCCAAGCCAACGGGCACUGUCCAGACCAUCUUAUUCAAUAUUUUUGCAAUCCUGCUUGUCUGUGCCGCGGGUGUUUUUGGCUGGUGGAUUGGGGCACACAAGACGCAUGGUCGUCGCCACCAGGUUGAGGAUGACGAUUCUCAGCCUCUCGAAUUUGACACGCUGGGCCAGAUCUUCGGCUAUUUGUGCGCCGUUCUUUACCUGGGUUCCCGACUUCCUCAACUUCUUCUUAAUUACAAACGCAAAAGCACUGAGGGGGUCUCGCUACUGUUUUUCUUGUUCGCCUGCAUCGGCAACCUUACUUAUGUCAUGUCCAUCUUUGCAUAUUCUCCUCUUUGUCGCAAACCUGGUCAUUGUGAACCUGGAGAGUCUCGCGCCAUCUAUUCCAGAUAUAUUGCCGUCAAUGCUAGCUGGAUUGCCGGUAGUUUGGGUACUUUGCUCCUGGACAUGGCCAUCUUUGUUCAAUUUUUCUUGUACCAAACAGCAGAUGAUGACGAUGAAGAAGAGUAG